AGAGGAGAGGAGAGGAGAGAGCCACCAAACUAGGGGUGUGUCAAAUGGCUCUCAGUGUGCUGUGUGAUAAAGCUAGUGGAUAUUUCUAUUUUUAACGCGCUGUGCUGUGCCGUGCGCUCUGCCCUGUCAACUCUGGGGCUGUGUUUGGAGCCGAGUGCUGCUCAUUCAAGCCAGUUGUCCCAGCCAGAGGACUGUUUGGUGGAUACUAACGCGGGAGCCUCUCACUCACUCCCUCCUUCUCUCUCUCUCUCUCUCGUUCUCCCGUUCUCUCUCCUCUGAACAAGUUGGAUUUUACUACCUGUUGGCCCAUAGUGGAUUGACUGUUGGGCUGCUGGACUAAACAUUGGAAGGACCAUGCAGUGAAGAAUAGCCAUUGUUGGACCCUGGAGCUGGGGACAAGGGGGGCUGGGAAUAGGGGAAUAUUGUUGUGUUGUGUUGUGUUGUGUUCUGUUGAGUUGUUUUGGAGUCCAGAGGAGAGAUUGCGUCUGCCACUGCUGCCACUUCUACUACUACAACUACUACUGGGGUUUGUUUUGCACUUAUUCACGCCACUGCUGGACCUCUGGACUUGAUCAAGAAUGUCCGAGGAAGGUGACAUUGGAGGGCAGCCUUCCACCACAACUAUCAGCACAGUGGCAGUGCAGGCCGGGGACUCUCGAAUCAUCAUUACAGUGCUGAAGUGUGGCAGGCUGGUGGAGCUGCAUCUGACGGAGGCGGAGCCAAACCUGCUGGAGAUCGGAGCCAAUCAGGAGGAGACCAAGAAGCUCCUCACAGAGCAUGAGCAGCUCCUCACCAAACUCAAGAAACAUGAAGAAGGCGUGUGGGCCCUUCUGGACAAGGCGGACCAGGUGGCAGAGGAGCGGGAGCGUGAGGGGGAGGGGGAGGAGGUGGUUUUCGAGGCCAUGGCCGACACCCUGAGCCAGGCCUGGAGGACCCUCAUCUCCCACCUGGAGCGCCGCGGGACACUCCUCCAGCUCGCAACACACUUCUUUGACGCAGCCCUGGAGUUUGCCAUCAAAAUCGAUGAGGCCGAGGAGUUCCAGCGCGUGGGGCAGGAGGUGGCGGAUGCAGAGUCCCUCACCCAGCUCCUCCAGAGACACAGCCACAUCAAACGCGGACUGCUGGAGAGGUCGAUGCUGGUGCUGCUGAGGAGCCGUGAGCUCAUCGAGUACCUGAAGGAGUUCCAGGCAGACGAGGCCCUGAGGGACGCCGAGGCCCAGUACGGGGCCCGCAACACACGCAUCAAGGUGGAGCGUCUGAUGGAGCUGCUGCAGGACCGGCGUCGGCAGGUGGACACGCACAUGAGGAGGCAGCAGAGCAGGCUGGAGGCCAUCCAGAACAUCUGCCACUGGACACAGCAGGAGGAGGAAGUGACGCACUGGUUCAAGACAAGUGCAGAUUUGCAUCUGGCAAAUGAUCGGCUAGGCUCGUCGCUGACUGAGUGUGAGGAGCUGCUUCAGGAGCAUAAGGAGUUUGAGCAGAGGGCCAAGGACUGGGGCCUGCUGGUGGAGAGGCUAUGUGUGCGAGCGUCCGACAUGCAGGCCUCCCUAGCGGAGAAGGCAGAGGAGGAGGAGGACUACGAUGAUGAUGAUGAUGAUGAUGAAGAGGGGAGGAGAGAGAAUGAGGAAGAUGGGCGUCGGGAGGUGGAGCGGGUGGUGGAGAAGUGCCGUGCGCUCCGGGGGCUGCAGGAGCAUUUCUGGAGCCUCAUGAUGGAAAGACAGGCGAACCUACAGGAGGGACACGCUUUCUUCACUAGCGCUAACGAGGCUUUUGAGGUUCUGGGAUCCAUUGAGAUCAGCAUUAAGGCCUUAAAGAACCAGUCGCUGACAUUCGCAGAGAAGGCCAAGAGGCAUGAGGAGUUGAAUCGCAGCAUCAAAGAGGAGACGGCAGAUCCCCUGACGAGAGGACAGCUGCUCCUGCAGAAGGCCUCACCAAACAGUCCGCAAGUCUCCGAGGUGCAAAGGAUGAUGGGAUACAUCAAAGAGAGGAUGGAGGCUCUUGGCCAGGAGUGUAGCUCCCACAGAGAACUGGCCACCAAGAGGCAGCAGUUGGUGACUUCGUUGGAGGACCAUAUGGAAAAGAUCUCAGCAUGGAUUAAGAAUACCAACACAAUCCUCUCCAGCAACAGACAUCCCGGGAAUAUGCUCUCUGAGGCCAAAGACGUUCUCCAAAAGCACGAAGAGCUGUGCUCUCAGACAGCGGAUGUUAUGAGUGAAUCAGAGUCCAUUGCUGACCUAACCAAAGAACUGAGAGUCCUUGAGUGCAGUGAGGGGGUGGAGUUCUCGAACAAAGCAUCACUCUUGACGGAGGACCUGAGGACGGUCGUUAGAAACCUCUCGGCCCAUGUGGAGACCCUUCGACCUUACGUGCGGUUCCUGCUCUCUGCUCAGGAGGUUGAGGAGCAGAUAAGGAACUUGCAGGAGAUGUUCAAGAACAAGCCAGUGGAGGAGGAGGAGAACGAGGAGGCCAGCACUGCUCUGAAGGAGGUGGCAGACGCUAAAUGGCAGUCGCUGCUGGAGAGGUUUCUUGCCACGCAGGACUCUGGGAACAAUUUCAUCAACUCCUCUAACAUGGUGAGUGAAAAGUUGGAGCUGAAUGUGAAGGCUGCUGUGUGUGUGGUGGAGAGGACGCUGGAGGGCCUGAGUAAGAAGAAGGCUGACCUGUCCGAGGUGUGGAGCUCGUGGCAGCUUCACGUCAACCAGAUGAAGUCGGCCAAGAAGAACUGGAAGAAAUUUAAAGACCAGCUCAAGAAGGUGGGUCACGACCUGCGCGCCGUGGAAGAGGCCCUGGCUCCCGCCUCGCAGGUCGAUCUGGGGAGCGAUCUGGCGUACGUGGCCAAGCUGCUAGAAAACUUCAACUCAGCGAAACCCCAGUUCCUGCAACUGAAUGCGGAGGUAGAAUACUUGAUGAAGACGUCGGACCUGCUGGCUCUGAAAGGCGGCGGCGGCGUCCCCGUGAAGGAUAAGGAGAAGAGCGAAAGAGUCGGCGAGCUGCUGCAGCUGCACCAGAGAGUGAAAGACAAGAUGACGGAGUAUGACAGCGUCCUCAGCAUGGCUGUCAAGUUCAAUCAGCUCCACGAGGAGCUGGAUAGCCUACUGUUGGCGGAGUCCGCUCCCAGCGCGUUCAGCGAGGCGAGCCAGGCCAAGAUCCAGCUGACGCAGCACCAGGAGAGGCAGAGCCACGUCAGGCACUUGUACAAGCUCGCCAUCUCGCUGGGGGCUGAUAUCACCGCCACGGUGCAGCACUCGCAUGCCUUGCGCUUCUCAGUGGCGCGCCUGCAGGAGAAGCUGGAGCGCCUGGAGCAGAGCAGCGUGACCUGGAUGGCCGACGCCCACAGGUGCGAGGAGAGCCUCACCGGCAACCUCCACUACUGCCUCUUCAAGGAGGAGAUCAGUGAGCUGAGAGAAUCUUUCAAAGAUCUCAAGAAGAAGUUCAACAACAUGAAGUUUAAUUACAUGAAGAGGAAUGACAAAUCCAGAAAUAUGAAGGCAGUCAAAAACCAGAUACAACAAAUUGAAAUAUAUAUCGAGAAACUCCAGGUGCUGAAGGUGAAGAUGCAGACGUUCACCACCAAAGUGUCGAGCAGCACGGAGAAGCACCUGAUUGGCAGUAGCCCACGGGAGAUGGAGGAUGCCGUCAAUGAGCUGCAGAGACAGCUGGGCGACUUUGACAGGACGGUGGAGGAGUACAAGCAGAGCCUGGACAUGACUGUCAAGCUGCAACAGGCCGUGGAGGAGUACCAGUUCUGGUGUGACGAGGCGAGCGCCACCAUCAUCCGGGUGGGCAAGUAUUCCUCGCAGUGCAAAACCAAGGAGGCCGUGAGCGUGCUCUACAAACAGUUUGAGAAGUACGUCUGGCCCACCAUCCCUCAGCAGGAGGAGAGAAUAAGCCAGAUCACAGAGCUGGCUGUCCGCUUACACGGACCUGACGAGGGAAAGAAGUAUGUGGAUAAGACCAUCUCCAAGCACAAUGAAAUUGUCGAGUCAAUAAAAGAGCUGUGCAAUGGGCUGAUAGACCUGGAGGCGAAACUGGAGGCACAGGCGUCAAAGGAAUCGCCCGACAUAAUAGAGCGUGACAUUCCUAUUCAAGUGGAACAACCAAAGGAAACGGCAGAAAAUAACAAGACACAACCGCAAGACUAUAUUGACGUGGAACAGUCGGAACCGAAGGAAACGGGACAUACGCCUGAGAUCACCACACCGGGACACGAUAAGGACAAAGAUAAAGAUCAAGAUAAAGAGAUUCCGUCAGUUAAGAAGGUCGAGGUGAAGCGGUCUUCUCUUCGCAAGAGCCGGAGUCAAGACCUGCCCGACAAAACCCAGGCCCAAGCAGUGCCAGGCAAAGGGGUGUCAGAGACCAGAACCUACACCCAGGAAGAGCACUCCUCCACCAGCCGAGUGGAGACCGUCACAGGGAGGUCCAUGGUGGAGAGAAAAGAAGAGCAUCACUCCACCAUCACCCAGAAGCAAACCUUCAACGUGUCCAGCUCGCCAGUGGACAGGGACAGGAAGGUCCACAUCCUCAGCCAAUCACGAAGCAACUCCCAGGAGACUCCACCCCCAAGUGCUGCUCCAACAGCGCCAAGCUUCUCAGACAUCCAGAGAGAGUUCCAGCUCCACAGGAAGGACAGGGCAGGACCAGCCCCCCCGAAGGCUACACAGGAGAGUGGGCACACUGAGGCACAGGUGGAAGGUCACCCCGCGGCCGUCGUGAUUCCAGUGCACCACUCGACCAGUGACGCAGCCACAUCCGCCGCAUCCGAGGCAGACCUCCACCACGACCACUUGACCGAGGAAUCGCUCUCAGUCGUUUCAGACGAGUACGACUGCGCCUCCCCCGACGACAUCUCCCUCCCGCCACUGUCCGAGACACCCGAGUCCAACCUAGUCCAGUCGGAGAACGACCUAGAGGACGGCUAUUGCUACAGCUCCCACAGCCUGCACACGGUCAACCAGUACAGCCAUCAGUCCCAGCACUCCCACUCCCAGCACUCCCAGUCCCACUGGCACAGGGAGUGGGUGACUAGCCAGACCGAGAGCCACCCAUCUCCCACCGGUGGCAGUGGCGGCGGCGGCGGCCCGGGCACCAAGUUCCGCUCCGAGUCCUCGUCGUUCGUGCAGAGCCCCCUGACCGUGCCCACGCCAAACCUGGUCUCCAGCACCAUCUCCAGCAUUCUCAAGAGCAAACCGGGCACCCCGACCCACCACCCCAGUGUCCCUCCAACUGGUGCCGAUGGUGGCACCAUCUCCCAUCGCCACCACCACCAACACCAGACCCAGUCCCUCCAUUCAGUGCAUGAGAGCCGUGUGAAGACGCAGGAGUCGUCCUUGCAUGAGUCCCGAUCCUCCGGCCGAGGGGUCGCCCCUCCUCCUCCUCCACCUCCCCCUCCUCCUCGUGCCCCCAGUAACACGCAUGCAACCCCCUUCUCCUCUGCCCCUACCUCAUUAACCCUAGAGCAGGACCCAGACAUUUGCAAGCCCACGGCCAUCCGUGAGGAGAUCAGGCUACCCUCCUAUGGCAAGGUCGUAGGUGGGAACCUGGCGCUGGCGGGCCAGGGCCCCUGCUUCUCCAGGCACAUAUCUAACGCCACGGUAAUGGAGGGCUCGCCAGUGACCCUGGAGGUGGAAGUAACUGGAUUCCCAGAGCCUACUCUAACAUGGUUCAAGAAUGGGCAGAAACUCGCUGCCGACGAGCACGUAGAACUGUCCCAAAAAGAAGGCAAACAUGCCGUGUUCAUAAAGGCCGCCGCCGAGGGCGACGCUGGCCUCUAUGUCGUUGAGGCCACCAACUCGCUCGGCACAGCCACCUCCACCGGCGUGCUGCAGGUGACAGGUAAAGACUCGGGCCUCGAGCUCGAUACAUUCAAGCUGGACUGGCACACCUGCUUUGGCACCCUGUGCUUCCUCCUCUGGCUGCUCUAUCUGCUGGUGUUAUGACGGAGGGAGAAGGAGAAGGGAGAAGGGAGAAGGAGGGAGCACAAGAAAGCUAUCCUUCACUUCAAUGACUUGACUUACAGCACCACCCAACACCACCCCCUUUCCACACCUCUCUUGUAAUCACACCCCCCCCUUACUUCCUCACACCUCAACCUUACACAUACACAUGCGCGCGUGUUCACUCAUACACACACACACACACACACACACACACACACACACACACACACACACACACACACACACACACACACACACACACACACACACACACACACACACACAAACACAAACCUGCAGGCAAACACACACACACACAUACACACACACACACACACACACACACACAAGCACAAACCUGCAGGCAAACACACACACACACACACACACACACACACACACACACACACACACACACACACACACACACACACACACACACACACACACACACACACACACACACACACACACACACACCUCUGCCUAAACCUCUACUAGGGAGCACUUCAACACCCCCCACCACCCACCACCCUUUCCUACACUCUCCUCAACGCCACCCCUGUUCACUCAGUGGGAGUCUUGUCUUGCACUGUUCUCUGAAUAACUUUAAAUGAACUUAUGAGAUAUACAUAUAUUUCCUUGCAUUUAAAAUAAUCAAACCAUGUACUUUAGGGAGUUUCUGACAAAAUCCACUGGAAAAGGUAUUGUGUCACAGUAUUCAGGUUAUAGUUCGUCAUUCAAUGGCGUCUGAGGAAUUUGAUAACCGUUUUUAGUAUUGAGAAUUAUGAUAGUUAAAAUGGUUUAUGGUCAUUUCUAUCCUGAAUCAGAAUGGAAAUCUCUAAGCUCUAUUUUGAAAUAAAAUGUUACACAAAUGGUCAAUAUUAUUACUGAAACAGUUUUACAGUGCAAGCACUGGACUUUGAAAUAUUAAAUAUAUUAUUUAAUGGUCA